GUUAGAGAGUGGGAUGAGGUGUAUGGAAAAAAGCCCUCCAGGCUAGCAAGAAGCUGCUGAACAGUCAAGUCUAAGGAGGCGUGGCUGGGGGGGGGUUGAGAAGGAACGCCCUCCCAGAGCCAUCAACUUAUAUUUAAUGUUUAAGCAAGUUUGAUCUUUUAAGGACUUGACAGAAGCACGUUCUCAAGACCGGCAAAAAGAAAGAAACAAGGCAAGGUUGGGACUUAGCCGACGUUAUGAUGGGUGCCUACCUCCAGCUCCGGAUAAGCCCAUCUGUCCUUCUGGUGGCCUUGACGUUUUCCAUGAAAGGUGCCUUGGCUCUGGAGUGUCACAGCUGUGUGGACCUGGGUGACGGCGGUUGCAGUCAACAGCACUUGAAAAAGCUGAUCUGCCCAAGCAAUGCCCAUGUCUGUGUGGAAACCGUGGCUGCUGUGGAAUGGAGUCACGGGAAGUUCUCCAUUGGUGAAAAGGGCUGUGGAUUGGGCAUGCCAGGAACCAAUGACAAGGCGGUGGAGGUGCAUGGCAUCCUGGCCUUCUCUCAGCUGCACCAGUGCAACACAAGCCACUGCAACAUUAAACUGGACAUCAAAGCACUGCAGCUGCAACCCAUGGAUAAUGUGAGUGCGCGGAUUCCCAACGGAGUGGAAUGCUACAGCUGUGUUGGAGAAAAGUGUCCAUUGAACAAUUCUGCCAUUGUCAAGUGUUAUGAUAAUUUCCGAGGUUGUUUCCAUGGCAAUGUCACUAUGAAAGCGGGCAAUUUUUCACUGACCAGACCCAUCAAAGGAUGUGUCCAAGAAGACGAUUGUACUAAAGUCAGGAAAGGAAGUCCUGCCAUCACUCUCUCGGGCUCCUGUUGUUCGGGGAACCUCUGCAACACUGAUCUCUCCAACAAGACACACUUCUCCACCUCCAUUCCACGGCUGGCUUUCCUGCCUGCUCAAGAGACCAAUAACACAACCGUCUCUACCCCUUCGACGUACAUCCGGAUCAACGCAGCCACAGCUGCAGCAGCAGCUUCCACUUCCAGCAAGCUCGCCCGUUCUCUUGCCGUGAGCCCAUCCGUGGGCGGCCCUCAGAAGGACCACAGUCAUGACCACAACCACGGCCAUAAUCACAGUCACGAAGAUGAUGAAAGGAGCACCGUGGUUCAAAAUAGGAAGGUGGUCCCUUCUGUGAAGGUUGGAGAACGACUCGGCGGUCCAGCUGAGGGACCAAAGGGAGGUGUAGCCGGCUUGCAAGGCUCAGUCCUUGUGACUUUUCUGUUUCUUGGCUUGUGUCUGUGAAGGCUGAUCAAGGAGACAAAUGACAUUCAUCCUUCUUCCCUUUCUUCCUCGCUAGAUCAAAGCCUAUCACGUACAGCUUUGCCUCCAUGUAGCUUGGCACGAUCUCUCCCAUUCUUGAGUAGGGGGCUGGGCUAGAAGACCUCCAAGAUCCCUUCGAACUCUAUUGUUCUGUUAUUCUGAUUUGUCUGCCAGUACUAGGCCUCUUCUUAAGAAACCAGCAUUUUGGACCUAAUGUCCUAUUUGAAUAUCAGAAAUUUCUGCAGUGCACUUCUGUCUACAGAUAGUCCUUGGCUUACAACCAUCAGUUUAGUGCCCAUUCAAAGUUACAAUGGCACUGAAACGAGUGACUUUCAACCUUUCCUUGCACCUAUGGCUGUCACAGCAUCCCCACAGUCAUGGGGUCAAAGUACAGGUGCUUGGCAACAGGAAUGUAUAUGGACGAUGGUUGAGCAUUCUAGGGUGAUGUGAUCACUCUUUGUGGCCUUCCCAGACGGUUGUCAAGCGAGUCAAUGAGAGAAGUCACUUUUACUUAAUGACUACUUAAUAAUGGUUCACUUAAUAACUACAGCAAAAAAGGCCAUAAAAUAGGGCAUGACUGACUUAACAACCACUUUACUUCGCAGUAGAAAAUCUGGUCUCGGUUGUGACCUUAAGUCAAGAACUACCUAUACCUUAUUUUCAUGGUAGUCACUAGAACUGCUCCGGUACAUGAUAAAUCUCAGGUUUGCGCGCAGCAAAACCUGGUUUUGCUCUUCCAAAACAAAGUCAAAUUCCUUUGCAUGUGGCUCUUUUCCUGCCCUUCUCUUCUCAUAUAGUGCCAAUCAGACUUCCAGAGUUUUGGCGGUUUGCAUAAAUUUUGACUUGACAGAGGUCAGAAGUAAGAUCCAUGCAUUGUAAGUCAAGCUGUAACUUAAUGAAGCGAAACCAACCAGCUCAAACAAAUCAGCUUUUUGCGUGGGCCUUAAUGACUUAACCCUAUCAAAGUGUUCUAGAAACCAUAAAGUCAAAAUGUGUCUGAGAUUCAGGAAAUUGGGGGGUGGAUUUCUGUGAGGAGCUUAUACAAGGAAGAGUGUAGAGUUAGGUGGACUGUUCCCACUUUGAAAUUUGGAUUUUAAUUCUGAAAUGCUGGAGUGGAGCCACUCCACUCCAGCAUUUCAGAAUUAAAAUCCAAAUUUCAGCAUAUGUAGCUCUUUGCCAAAUUUGUAGCUACAAAUUUCAGCAUAUGUCACUCUUUGCCAAAUUUCAGCAUAUGUAGCUCUUUGCCUUUUCAAGGAGAUCUAUCUUGACUUCGGUGAAUGAAUAAAGUUAAUCAAAUUGUAACCCUCACAAGGCAGAUCAUGUAAAAUAGGACAACAAAACCUUCCAGGUGGCAGUUUUGUAUUUUAAGUACUGUAUUUGCCAUAAUUUGAACACAUGAGAAAUAUUUGCUUUCAACAUUUGCAAGGGUUUUCAGUUUUUGCCUUCUCACUGAAUUGGACCAGGUGUCAACUAGCAAACAUCUGCUCCAAAAACUGAGAUCAAAGCAAGAGAACACCAAAUCAAGGGAUAAGACAAAGAUUGAAGUUUGGGCUGAGUUCAUACAACAUUGUAGAUUAAACUAAAAUGAAUGUUGUUUGUGAGUCAGCAUAUUGGGGUCUUUCCAACCAUUGUCUCAGCAUGUUUUAAUGAACCAGGUCAUUGUAUUAAGCCGUAAUACAAUUUAUUCAUUUGGUUAUAACAUGUUAUGUGAACAUUGAAAUUGUAUUUAGUUCACUUGGGUGAAGAGGUACAUUGUAUGAACCCAGCUCCCGAGUCUCAGCAGAAGCCUCUUAGACCCUUGUCAUUCUGAAGCAGGAACAAAUCAAAUCCCCAAAGUUUAAACACAUCUGCUGCUGUUAUUAUUCAUUCGGUUUAUUUUGUUCCUGUUUGUAAAUAGUUUUACGUGUGACUCUUGCCAAAGUAAUAACAUUCAAGGAAAAGUGGACUCGGAAAGAUGCUAACAAAUAAAGGGAUUGCAACUUGGCUGAACAAAAUGCCUGCGUAGGAGAUUUGCAAGGA